UGUUUAGAUCAAUUGCAAGGAGAGAUACUUGUUGAUCAAUUGGAAGGGGAGAGGAGUUUGUCGAUCAAUUGAUGGGGACGCGGGAAGUGUACGAAGAGAAGCUGCGACGAGGUAAUCUCAUACACGAUCCCACCAUCAAACCAGGCCUCGGCACCGCCCGCUGGCUAUGGGAUUGGGGUUUGCUCAGUGCAAUUCAUGGUUUUAACACAGGAAUUCCUUAUUUCCAAAACCGUGUGAAGGGGCCUAAGUGGCUUCCCUUUUUUAUUGGGGUUCCACCUCUUUUGAUGUACUCUGCAGCUAGUGCUGCGUUUGGAGGCUAUGCACUACCGAAGCUCAGUCAACUCAUUGUGACAUCUUAUUUGGCUUCUUCAAGUGUUUCCCAUUAUGGCAUUUCAUUGCUUACAAGACAUAUUGAAGACAAUCACAUCUCUAGAGUUCAACAGAAGCAGCUUCCGUGAUUGGCUGGAGGGGUUUAGAAUCUUAGCUACUCUACUUGGUUCUGUUUUGUAUUUUGUGUAUCAUGUAAAUUAAUAAACAUAACAAUUUCUGUCUGUUUAACUGGCUUGCACACUCAGCUGUUUGAUCUGCCAUUUGAGGCCAUAUGAUGACCAUAUCAGAUUUAAGAAAUGUUAACAAAUUAAAUACUGCUUCGCAUU